AUGCCGUUCUGGUGGCCGCUGAUCGUUCUCGCCUUCGCUUACGCGAUCUGCAGAUUCCUUCUUAUGCUCAUUCCUCCCAACGUUCCUUCCAUUGACGUAGACGCAUCCGAUGUGUUGGCUCAUGGGAAGGAUACAGAGGAGAAUAGCUUCAUUUAUAUUCCUCCAAGAGGAAGGAGCCAACAGUCAGAUAAAAAAGUUCAAUGCUAUGAACCUGCCACGAUGAAAUAUCUGGGAUAUUUCCCUGCUCUCUCUCCUACUGAGGUUAAGGAGCGAGUAACACUAUCAAGGAAGGCUCAAAAAACAUGGGCUCAAAGUAGCUUCAAGGUGAGAAGGCAGUUCUUGCGGAUUCUUCUCAAGUACAUAAUUGAACACCAAGAGCUUAUAUGCGAAGUCUCAUCACGUGAUACUGGAAAGACUAUGGUCGAUGCGUCCUUGGGAGAAAUUAUGACUACUUGUGAGAAAAUCACUUGGCUUCUUUCGGAGGGAGAACGAUGGUUAAAGCCUGAAAAUCGGUCUUCAGGCAGAGCUAUGCUUCAUAAAGUUUCAAGAGUAGAGUUCCAUCCCCUUGGUGUCAUUGGAGCUAUUGUCCCAUGGAAUUAUCCGUUUCACAAUAUUUUUAAUCCUAUGCUGGCAGCAGUCUUCUCAGGGAAUGGCAUUGUUAUUAAGGUUUCAGAACACGCUAGCUGGUCCGGAUGCUUUUACUUCCGGAUUAUCCAGGCAGCUUUAGCUGCGGUGGGAGCACCUGAAAAUCUAGUUGAUGUGAUAACAGGGUUUGCGGAAACCGGAGAAGCACUUGUCUCAUCUGUUGAUAAAAUGAUAUUUGUUGGAUCCACCGCUGUUGGCAAGAUGAUAAUGAGAAAUGCGGCUGAGACAUUGACACCUGUCACUCUUGAGCUUGGUGGAAAAGAUGCAUUUAUCAUAUGUGAAGACGCAGAUGUCUCCCAUGUUGCACAAGUGGCUGUAAGGGGCACUCUUCAGUCCAGCGGGCAAAACUGUGCGGGUGCUGAAAGAUUUUAUGUUCACAAAGACAUUUAUACGUCGUUUAUUAGCCAAGUAACCAAGAUUGUGAAGUCCGUUUCUGCUGGUCCUCCUCUAACUGGGAGAUACGACAUGGGUGCUAUAUGUUUACAAGAGCACUCGGAAACCCUACAAAGCCUUGUAAAUGACGCCUUAGACAAAGGAGCAGAAAUAGCAGUCCGUGGAAGCUUUGGUCAUCUGGGAGAAGAUGCGGUGGAUCAGUAUUUCCCUCCAACUGUUCUUGUCAAUGUAAACCACAACAUGAAAAUAAUGAAAGAAGAGGCCUUUGGACCAAUAAUGCCGAUCAUGCAAUUCUGCACCGAUGAAGAGGUCAUAAAGCUGGCAAAUGAUUCACGCUAUGCGCUUGGCUGUGCUGUUUUCUCCGGAAGCAAGCAUCGAGCCAAACAAAUCGCUUCCCAAAUUCAGUGCGGCGUUGCUGCAAUCAAUGACUUUGCAUCAAAUUACAUGUGCCAGUCGCUCCCGUUUGGAGGUGUAAAGGAUAGCGGGUUUGGACGGUUUGCUGGGAUAGAAGGUUUAAGAGCUUGCUGUCUUGUGAAAUCCGUGGUUGAGGAUAGAUUUUGGCCACUCAUCAAAACCAAGAUCCCAAAACCUAUUCAGGCAAGUUUUUCUUUAGCAAAAAACAAAAAAAUUUACCCGGUAGCGGAAAACGCAUUUGAAUUCCAGGAGGCACUAGUUGAAACCCUUUAUGGACUCAACAUCUGGGACCGGCUAAGAUCCCUUAUCGAUGUCCUCAAGUUCCUUACCGAUCAGAGCUCUCACGUGAGCAGAAGUAGAAAGAGCCACUAA